AUGUUAUUAUUUGAAGGGGAACCAGCUUUAUUUUUUCUAUUCAUUAUAUCCACAUUGAGUUUAUUAGUUGGCGGCUGUUUAUGGGGAUCAGGUGAAGAUGAAGGUGCAUUAACUAAAAUGACUAUUGGCAUUGUAAUAUUCACUGUAGGAUGUGCUACAACUGUAGCAUUUUUUGUCACAUACACAAUAAAACAAAUUAGAAAAAAACGAAAACACAAAAAAGAAAUUGAACGUAUUUUACAAUUACAAGAAGAAGUCAAUGCAUAUGAAAUAUAUAAACCACGAAUGAGUGCAGUCAUUAAUCAAGGAUAUGAUAAUCAAGGUAUAGAUAAUGAUGAACGAAUAACAAAGCUUUAA